AUGUCAAUCGUCCUGGACAAGCAAAAUGUCUCCAACCUACAAGGAGGUAUUGCGGGAGGAUCCGUCUUGCAAGGUGUUCUCAAAAUGGGUGGUGAAAUUGAAGUCAGACCUGGCAUUGUCACAAAGAAGGAAAAGGAAGGAGCCGGUGAAACCACCAUGUUUUGCUCUCCCGUCUACACUCGAAUCUCGUCUCUGUAUGCCGAACGGAAUGAUCCACAAGUUGCCGUUCCUGGAGGUAUGAUUGGUGUUGGAACACGGAUUGAUCCCACCACCUUGACUCGUGCCGAUCGUGGGCAAGCUCCCGCAUGUGUUUGCAGAAAUUGA